CGCCGUAGAGAGGCGGGCCCAGGCUACGGUGGCCGUAGGGGCGGCGGUUCGGGCUCGGCCCGGACUGGGACGCGGCGGGGCGGCCGCGGCGCCACCAUGGGCAACCUUUUCGGCCGCAAGAAGCAGAGCCGCGUCACGGAGCAGGACAAGGCCGUCCUGCAACUGAAGCAGCAGCGGGAUAAGCUGAAGCAAUACCAGAAGCGCAUCACCCAGCAGCUGGAGAGGGAGAGGGAGGUCGCCCGGCAGCUCCUUCGGGACGGCAAGAAGGAGCGGGCCAAGCUGCUGCUCAAGAAGAAGCGGUACCGGGAGCAGCUCCUGGACAAGACGGAAAACCAGAUCACCAGCCUGGAGACCAUGGUUCAGAGCAUCGAGUUCACCCAGAUCGAGAUGAAGGUGGUCGAAGGGCUGCGGUUCGGGAACGAGUGUCUGAACAAGAUGCACCAGGUGAUGUCCAUCGAGGAGGUGGAGAGGAUCCUGGACGAGACCCAGGAGGCUGUGGAGUACCAGCGGCAAAUAGAUGAGUUGCUGGCAGGAAGCUUCACUCAGGAGGAUGAAGACGCCAUCUUGGAGGAGCUGAACGCCAUCACUCAGGAGCACCUAGAGCUGCCCGAGGUUCCCGCCGAGCCCCUCCCGGAGAAGAGCCCAGAAAAAGUCCCCUUCAAGACUAGGACCAGGCAGGCGGAGCUGGUAUUAGCUUCGUAAUUCAGCCUCCUCUGCUAGACUCACGGGGACACCCUGUGUUCUGCAGCCCCGGGCAUCUGGGGUGCAGCCAGCCCCAGCUCGGGUUCCAGGGGGCGGCCACGGGCCAGGCCGGGCCAGACGUGCAAAAGAGGCUGCUGAUGGGGGGGGCAGCUCGCCGGCCAUGUCAGGAUGACUUUCCAGAGCAUUCUCCCCUCAUGGUUUAAAGUCUGGACGUGCUUGGGUGGUGCCAUCCCGCUCUCAUUUCCGGAUUAAACAGCGUCCUCCGGUCCUCCAGCCUCCUCUGAAGGCCGUGGCUCCCAUGGUGGCCUCAGCCCAAGCGCGUGUUCUGGUGCUGUCCACAUCGCCUGUCCCCAGCGCGUCUGCUGGGCACCAGCAGCCCUCAGUGUGCCCCACGCGUCCUUCCCACUGCUCCUUGCUGCUGCGCUAGCUGGUGGAAGCUCCAUCUGAAGUCCCUUCCCCUCUCCUGCCCUCCUGACGUGCCACUCUGUUUCCACCUUCACCCUGUGCCAUCCCGUUGGCCCAGGCCCCGUGGCUCAGCCUGCUGAGGAAGGACAGCCCAGGACAGCCCAGAGGUGGACCCUGCUCCAGCGGUGUGGCCCUGCCAUGCACCUGCAGGCCCCGUGGCUGGAGAGCAGGGCGCCCCACACCUGCCGGCCUGAGCGUGUGACCAGCAAAAUGGAGGCUCUGCAGAGGGUGGGAGGGGCCCCCAGGUCCCAGGUUUUCUGCUUUGCUGUUAGACAAUCUCGCUAGGAUUUCAUCGUCUGAGAAACAGGCAGGAGCAGAGGCCCUGGACCUCACGCUUCAGGCCUGAAGACAAAAGGGGAACGUCUUUCUUAGGCCCCUUCUUCCCCCAGAAACAUAAACUCAGUAUUAAAGUCGGUCCCACCCA